AUUCAUUAUGAGGAGGCGGCGCGCAGGCAUGGAGGCCUAUGCUGUUUUUUUGCCCAUACAAGAUCCUGAUCCAUUAUCAGCUUGCGAUCUUAUGGAUGGUCGCGAUGCUUUUCUUACUUUAGCACGUGACAAACAUUACGAAUUUUCAUCGCUACGUAGAGCGCAAUUUUCUACAUUAUGCAUGCUAUAUGAAUUACAUAAUCAAGGUCAAGAUAAAUUUGUGUAUACUUGCAAUAAUUGUAAGACUGCUGUAGAAACUCGUUACCACUGCACUAUAUGCGAUGAUUUUGAUUUGUGCGCGCUAUGUAAGGAAAAAGUUGGUCACCCGCAUAAAUUGGAUAAACUUAGUUUCGAUUUAGACGAUGGUUCGUCGCCGGCAGAUCUCAAGCAAGCGAAUUCUCAAGAAGCUCGCAAACAACCUAUACAACGUUGUAUACAAUCACUUGUGCAUGCUUGCCAAUGCCGUGAUGCCAAUUGCCGUCUGCCUUCUUGCACGAAGAUGAAAAGAGUCGUGCAGCAUACGAAGAAUUGCAAGCCCAAAACGAAUGGUGGUUGUCCUAUAUGUAAGCAAUGCAUUGCACUGUGCUGUUAUCAUGAAGAGCAAAAAUGUCCAGUGCCUUUUUGUCCGAAUAUCAAGCAUAAACUAAAGCAACAGCAGUUGCAACAAAAAUUGCAGCAGCAACAACUGCUACGACGUCGUGUCGCUCCCAUGUCUCGAACAGUAACAGCUCCACAACGUCCUUUACAAGGUUCAGGAGGUGCCGGCCCAGUAUUAGGUGGUGUACCAGUAGCUGGUAUUGGAAUGCCUGCGGUUGGUGGAAAUCAUUUUGUCGUGCAAGGACCAACAGCAAUGAUGCCUACUGGCGUGGGAGCUAUGAGCCCGUCAACGGUACCAGUGCCUUCAUCCGUUUCAACGUCAAUGGCCGGUGGAAUAACAUCGCCACAUCCGCAGCCAGGCAUUGGCAUGAAACCUGAUGGUGGCCAUUCUCCGUCACCAAAUGUGUUACAAGUUGUCAAACAAGUUCAAGAAGAAGCUGCCCGCCAACAAGUGCCUCAUAGUGGUGGUUUUGGCAAGGGUGGCACUAUGGCUCCUCCAAUAAUGCAGUGUCAUCAUAUGGGUGUGGGUUUCGAAUCAAACUAACCCAGGCAUGAUCAGAUCGGUUGGUAAUAUUGGCGGUAUGAAUAACGUGGGACAGAUGGGACCUUGUGGUAAUAAUGUCAUGAGUAAUAAUCUUUUGCCAAUGGAUCAAUGGGGAGGCAAUCGAUAUCCAAACAAGGUCAGCCAGGGUAUGCGUCAAUCCUACCAAAAUCAGGUAUUGCAACAGAAUCCAAUGCAACAACAGGUAAGUAAUUUAAUGUUCAUUUCGAUCAAGUGCAGGAAUCAUUUUCAAUAAUUUCCAUUUACUUUUUUUGCUUUUUUACUUUUUUAGAACAAUAAAAAUGACAUCAAACCAUUGGUGGACGGUAACAGCGGAACAGGUAGUGACAUCAAAGUGAAAAUCGAACCCAAACCCAUUAUACCAGAACCCUUUGCACCUAAUGCAGGCGAUAAGAAGAAAAAAUGUGGUACGUUAACAAUUAUCGUAAUUUUUGUUCUCUUCCAUUUUUUAAUGUUACGUUAACGUAAGUAUAAAAUAUUUAUUCAUGCAUUUUCUUCUAUUUUAAAUUAACGCAGGCAAAUCAAGAAAGACCAAUUUAAAGAGAUGACGAACGAUCAUCUAGAAUUAGAACCAAUUGUUGAUUGCCAAGAGUGCGGCCGUAAAUAGCAUCAAAUCUGCGUACUCUGGCUGGAUUCGAUCUGGCCGGGCGGCUUCGUUUGCGAUACUUGCUUACAGAAAAAAGAUUCAAAGCGUAAAGAGAAUAAAUUUAACGCGAAGCGUCUACCCACCACCAAACUAGGCCUUUUUAUUGAGACUCGCGUUAAUAACUUCCUUAAGAAGAAGGAAGCUGACGCUGGCGAAGUACAUAUACGUAUAGUUUCAUCGUCCGAUAAAUGCGUGGAAGUAAAACCAGGCAUGCGCAGGCGGUUCGUUGAUAACGGCGAAAUGGCUUCUGAAUUCCCUUAUCGAGCGAAAGCUCUCUUUGCAUUCGAAGAAGUCGACGGCAUUGAUGUAUGUUUCUUUGGUAUGCGUGUUCAAGAAUAUGGACACGGAAUGCCCGGCGCCGAAUACUCGACGUGUUUACAUUGCAUAUUUGGAUUCGGUGCAUUUUUUUAAGACCACGCCAGUAUCGCACAGCGGUUUAUCACGAGAUUCUCCUUGGCUACCUGGACUAUGUUAAACAAUUGGGAUACACAAUGGCUCUUGUUAGCUUCACGACAUUCCAUUGUGAAAUGAUUGCAAUAUAUUCGAUUUCUCGCAAACAAGCGUUAGUUAGUUUUCUUUCUUUUACACUAAAGAAUUGCUCGAGAAUUUUUCAAUUUAUUUGAACAAAUUUUUUCUUUUUUCGCCUUCAACAACGUGCACUGUGCAAUGAUUGAUUGUCUUUGUUCUCCCAAUAAACCAUUAGCUGGUAUUCUUUUCUUUAAAUGUUGCAAAAAAGGCUACCUAAGAAUAGAAAGGACGUCUUGGCACAUACAAUCAAAAUCUCUUCCCCACUUGCGUUUCAUACACUCUUGAUACGACACGUCAUCUUUGCAAACGGGAGCUGGAUAAUUUUUU